UUGGGUUGCUAGGAGACCCAAAGUGUGAGCUGCGGGCACAGUGCUCUUAAAUAACUCAGACUCAAAUGUACGUAUUCUGGAACGUAUGUUUAAAGAGCUUGAGCUCCCACAGGAGAAAACCUCCACCAUGUUACCCCCACUCUAUGAUAAAGGCACACAGGCUCUGCUGAAGAGACGAGUCAAACGGAAAUUGCCAAUUGAUGACCACCUAAAAUCACAAGAAGGGAGAUAUUUCCCAGGUUGGCAUUCUCGGACGCCUUUAUCUCAAGAAAAAGAACCACAACAGAGACACAGCGUGUCAUCGCAUGUAAAACUGCCUCCAUUGCAACCUAGCACCAAGAAUAAACCCUCACUAUAUGGAGCAUCAACAUCUUGUCCUGCAAAAAGACCCUUUUCCCUUAAAGAAGAUGCAAACCUGGAUCCUAACUCUGAAGUCCGAAUUUUUGAGCACAGCAAGGAUGACUACACAAUGGUUAGCAAAGACGGCGUAUUGUCAACGUGUCGAGAAAACUUUGACUUUGUAAGCCUUGAGCGGUUUGAAGAAGAAUAUCAACUCCACCGCAAGCUGGUCCUCAUUCCAUUCUUUGCUCGCUUCAAAUUAUUCAAACCUUUCUAUAUCUGGCAUAAAAAAGUCUGUGCCAAGAAGAUGCAUGUGGCUCAAGAGGCUCUCAAAGAGAACUUGUUCAUGAUCAGUCCGGAUCUAAGCCCAGCACUGUCAGACGUCAGGAUAAUGAGUUACGAAAUCAGAACAACAAACCUGUGUCAUAUUGAAAAUAAGCGCACAUAUACUCUUAAGGAAUUUCACAAAGCUCAGUUCACACAAGUGGAAGAGGCACUGAGUGACCUGCAAAAAUUCCAUGACCUGGUAAAGGAAGUGACACUGCAUUCCUGUAACAACUUCCUAUCAGAUCAUAGUGACAAGCUAAAUGAAAUUCAAAUUCUUUUGGGGAUUAACAAGGGCUUCUUCUGUCAACGCCUCAACUGCUUUAUACGUCUUGUUGACUAUUUGGUAGUCAACACCCUACACACAUUGUUUGUGAGUGCUGUGGACAAGCUGCUAGCUGUGUUCAAAGAGCAGGUUAGUCAAACCCCAAGCCAUGAUAUCAUUCAAACCUGGGGCCAGAACCUGGAGACUGAUGUCAACCCUAAUGAGGAAAAGGCGGAUCGAAAGGCUGGGGAGUCUGAAUCUUCCCAAAGCAAACCAAUGUUGAUGAGUGAACUUAUUCUUGACACAAAUGCACUGUCCUACAAACCCUCUGAGAAGAAUUUUCAGGACACUGUUGCAGAGAUAAUUAGGAAGUACCAGGAGACUGUGUUGUCAGUCCAAACACUAACAGCGGAUCCAGAUUUCAUUUCACUGUUAAGGCAUGAGUCUUAUAAGAGUCAGUAUAGAGAUGCGCCUAGUUUGGAAUCGGUCAUUGAAAAUGAUGGCUACAUCAAAAGUAUUUGUCAAAAAAUUAAGGAAUCACUGCAGUUCACAUUCGAAGCUGCCCAAGUGUGCGCAAGCAUGUUUGAGCGUUUUCAGCUGUUUUACAAAGAGAAUGAAAGUCUAGAUUUAGACGCUCUGCGACAAAAAGAUCAUGCUUUGGAGUUUUUUAGAACAUCACUGGACUUAUACAACCAUGAGCAUGACGAAGCUGUAGCUCUCCAGCCACAGAGACAUCUCGGCCUCCUCCUUGUGGACAAAACAGAGAUGAAAGAGAAGCUCAUCUCAUCUCCACUCGUCUGCCUUAAGGUCAUUAAUGAGAUUCUCACGCAGCAGGCCAAACGGAAGCUAAAAGCCGUCAUGGCCGAAGCUGGUGAAGCUCAAUUUAAACUACAAUUGAGUCCCUCUAAUACCACUGAGUUGGCCAGCUACCUCACUUUCCUUGAUGAGAUACCAGAGAGGAUGAAAAUUCUGGAGCAGGAACAGGAGACAGUGUGUCAAAUGUACAAUCUGAUCAACAUGUCCUCACUUCCUAUCACAGCUGACGAUGUGGCCUUUGCCUCGAUGGAGCCUUACAUGAACUCAUUACACAACAUUAUCAAUGAUGCAAUGUUUGAUAGGUUUAAAGUGAUGGAGAAGUUUUCCAAGUCUCUGCAGGUAGACAUAAAAGACUUGAACCAAAAAGUGAAAAAGAUCAAAGAAAAAUCACAGGAUCCACAACUCCUUGAAGUCACUGCUGAUAAUGCCCAAGUGCGUACUUUGCUAGAGGAGCUUCAGAUUUCCAUAAAUGAGCUGCAAGCUCAGGCCUCAGCAUACAUUUCCUACCAGAAACAAUUCAAGUUGGAGGUGACCAAAUUUGAUGACCUUGACGAGCUAAAAGCAGAGUUUAGGCUGAAGAAGCUUCUUUGGGUUUCUAUGGAGGAAUGGGACAUAUUACAAGAAGGAUGGAAACAGGCCACACUUGAGAAACUGGACCUUGAACAAUUAAAUUCUCAAGUCAACAAAUACACCAAGUACAUCAACCAGAUGGAGAAAGGCUUGCCACGUAAUAAUGUAGUGCCAUGUCUUAAGGACAAGGUUGAACUUAUGAAAUACAGGGUGCCUGUGAUCACAGAUUUGCGUAACCCUUGUAUGAAACCAGAACACUGGAGGAACUUGGAGUCUAUUGUGGGGAGCUCCUUGAAUGUGGAGCUAACUGUGGCUGUUGUGGAGGAUCUCAAUGUAUUCUCCUAUGGUGCAGAGAUACAAGAGGUGUCAGCACAGGCUUCAGGGGAGGCCUCAGUGGAGACCAUUGUUAAUAAGGUAGAGGACGUGUGGUGGACCACUACUUUCACUCUUCUGCAACAUGGUGACUCCAAAGAGGUUUUCAUCUUGGGAGGCACAGAUGAUAUCCAAGUACUUUUGGAUGACAGCAUUAUUAAUGUGGGCACAGCAGCAACUUCGCGUUAUGUUGCUCCAAUCAAAGCAAGGGUGGACAAGCUUCUGCUGAGACUCAUCCGUUUCAACCAAACUUUGGAUGAGUGGCUUACGUGCCAACGAAACUGGCUGUAUUUAGAGAGUAUUUUCUUGGCCCCAGACAUCAAAAGGCAGCUCCCUGCUGAGUCAAAAAUGUUUCUCAAAGUAGACAAGUCAUGGAAGGCCAUAAUGGCUAAGGUCAAAAAGAUGCCCAAUGCUCUGAAAGCAGCCACACAGCCUGAUCUCUUGGAAACAUUUCAAGAAAAUAAUGUUCUCUUAGACAAGAUUCAAAAGUGUCUUGAAGACUACCUGGAGUCCAAGCGAGUUAUCUUUCCCAGAUUUUACUUCUUAUCCAAUGAUGAAUUGCUUAAGAUUUUGGCGCAGACAAGAAACCCCCAGGCAGUGCAGCCUCAUCUGAGAAAAUGCUUUGACGCAAUUACGCACCUUGAAUUUGCCUUGGUGUCUGAUCAGUCAACGACUGGUCCAGCUACACUGGAACCUGGUGAACAGGAGAAGGUCUACACCAAGGACAUUUUAAAUAUGGUUUCUCCUGAAGGAGAGAAGGUGGGUUUAACAAAAGGUCUAAAGGCAAGAGGCAAUGUGGAAGAAUGGCUCUGCAAGGUUGAGGAAGCCAUGUUCAACUCAUUGCGACAACUCAGCAAGGCUUCCAUAGCAGAUUAUCAAAUAACGUCAAGGGAAGAAUGGGUGGUGUGUGGUUAUCCUUCUCAGGUGGUGUUAACUAUUUCACAGAUGAUGUGGUGCAGGGACAUGGAAGCAUGUCUGGAGGGACCUCAUGACCACUUUGCUGCACUACAGCAAUUUGAAUACACCAACUUUGAUAGGUUGAAUGCUCUCGCAGCUUUGGUCAGAGGCAAACUACCUCAUUUACACCGUAAUAUCAUAACUGCCCUCAUCACCAUUGAUGUUCAUGCCCGUGAUAUUGUGACAGAUUUGGUUGGACAAAAGGUGGACUGUGGGUCUAAUUUUGAAUGGCAGAGACAAUUACGCUACUACUGGGAUCUUGACCUGGAUAACUGCAUAGCUUGUAUGGCCUUAUCCACCUAUAUUUAUGGCUAUGAAUACCUAGGAGCCUGCCCUAGGCUGGUGAUCACUCCACUUACGGAUCGCUGCUACUUGUGUCUAAUGGGAGCCCUGCAGUUGGACUUAGGAGGUGCUCCAGCCGGACCUGCAGGGACAGGGAAAACUGAAACUACAAAGGACUUGGCUAAAGCAUUGGCAAUUCAGUGUGUGGUCUUCAACUGUUCUGAUGGACUCGACUACAAGAUGAUGGGGCGUUUCUUCAGUGGACUUGCACAGUCAGGUGCUUGGUGCUGUUUUGAUGAGUUUAAUCGAAUUGAUAUUGAAGUCUUGUCAGUCAUUGCACAACAGCUCAUUACCAUACGGAAUGCCAAAGCUGCUAAGAUGACAAAGUUUCGAUUUGAGGGCAGAGAGAUCAAGUUGGUGAUGACCUGCGCUGCAUUCAUUACCAUGAACCCAGGCUAUGCUGGAAGAUCAGAGCUACCUGAUAAUCUUAAAUCUCUCUUUAGGCCUGUAGCUAUGAUGGUGCCAAAUUAUGCACUGAUUGCUGAGGUGAUUUUAUAUUCUGAGGGAUUUGAGUCCAGUAAGACUUUAGCAAGGAAGAUGACCCAAAUGUACAAACUCUGCUCUGAGCAGCUGUCCCAGCAGGACCACUACGACUUCGGAAUGAGAGCCGUCAAAUCGGUUCUUGUCAUGGCAGGGUCUUUGAAGAGACAAAACCCUGACCUCAUUGAAGAUGUUGUUCUGAUCAGAGCUCUGAGGGAUUCCAACCUGCCAAAAUUCUUAACAGAUGAUGCAGAACUGUUCGGUGGUAUCCUGUCUGACCUGUUCCCUGGUGUGACAAUCCCUGAGCAUGAUUAUGGCAUACUGCACUCAACCAUUGUGGACUGUUUAUUGAAUCGAAACCUGCAGCCUCUGGCCACCAUGGUCAAUAAGGUUAUCCAACUAUAUGAGACCAUGAUUGUACGUCACGGUGUGAUGUUGGUUGGACCCACUGGUGGUGGAAAGACUACUGUUUAUAUCAUCUUGGCAGACACGCUUGAUAUCCUUUCUAAAACUGAGCACAAGGAACAUAACCCUUUCUAUCAACCUGUGAAAACAUAUGUUCUCAACCCCAAAUCUGUCUCAAUGGGUGAACUCUACGGCGAGGUUAAUUCACUUACCCUAGAAUGGCGUGAUGGUUUAAUGGCGCUGAGUGUUCGCGAUGCAGUUGACAAUGCCACCGAUGACCACAAGUGGGUUAUUUGUGAUGGUCCGGUUGAUGCCUUAUGGAUUGAGAACAUGAAUACUGUGCUGGAUGACAACAAGAUGCUCUGUCUGGCUAACAGCGAACGUAUCAAACUUACACCAUCCAUACACAUGGUGUUUGAGGUCCAGGAUUUGGCUGUGGCAUCUCCAGCCACAGUCAGUCGCUGUGGGAUGGUCUAUAUUGACCCAGAGGAACUCAAGUGGAUGCCCUUUGUCCAGACAUGGAUCAGUGCACUCGAACUUCCAGAAGCCGUGAAGACAAUAUUACUCGAGUUAUUUCAGUUAUAUGUGGAGCAAGGACUUCGCUUUGUGUGGAAAAAUUGCAUCCAAGCCAUUCGUCAGGUGGACAUAAGCAAAGUCUGCACUCUUUGUGCGCUGCUAGAGUCACUGCUCCUCGGCAAAGAAGGACCAAAUUUUAAUAUGGAUUCCAAGCGCCUCACUGAUAUACUGACGCAGACCUUUAUAUUUUGCUACUUAUGGUCAGUAGGGGGAAACCUGCCAAGUGGGCACUGGGAUGAUUUUGACAACUUUAUCAGAGAGCAAUUCAAAGACAACAAUAGUGCAAAGCUCCCUACUAAUGGAUCCUUGUGGGAUGUGUUCAUCAACUUUAAUAAAAAUUCUUUCGUCCAGUGGGAGAAAAUAAUACCUUCAUUUUCAUAUGACAGUGAGCAAGCCUUCUUUGAGAUGCUGGUUCCCACAGCUGACACUGUCCGCUAUGGCUAUCUGAUGGAGAAACUGCUCUCAGUACGCCAUUCUGUACUCUUCACGGGUUCCACAGGAGUCGGAAAGGCAAUGAUAGCCCGGGGCCUUCUCAACAGUAUCCAGGAAAAUAGUGGUUAUAUUCCUGUCUAUAUCAACUUCUCUGCUCAGACGUCUUCUGCCCGCACGCAAGAGAUAAUUGAGUCUAAGCUGGAGAAAAAGAGGAAGAACAUGCUUGGUGCGCCUAAGGAUAAAAGGAUAGUGGUGUUUGUGGAUGAUCUGAAUAUGCCUAAAUUGGACAGUUAUGGGUCUCAGCCACCCAUUGAACUUCUGCGUCAAUUCCAGGACUUCUCUGGAUUUUAUGACAGGGAAGUUUUCUUCUGGAAGGAGAUACAGGAUAUGACUAUUGCUGCAGCAUGCGCUCCACCAGGAGGGGGACGAAACCCUGUGACCCCCCGAUUCAUUCGCCACUUUAGUAUGCUUUGUCUGCCCACACCCUCAGAGCAAAGCCUUAAACAGAUAAUCAUUGCCAUCUUGUCUGGUUUCCUCAAAGAGUUUGCCCAACCGGUGAAGGACUGUGCAAAACAGAUUGUGGAUUCAGCUGUAGAAAUUUAUAACCGCUUAAUGGUGGAUCUGCUUCCCACGCCAGCCAAGUCUCACUAUGUCUUCAAUCUCAGGGACCUCUCCAAGUGUGUCCAAGGUAUGCUGCAAUGCGAAGCAAGUCAGAUAAGAGAAAAGACUCAGAUCUUUCGUCUUUUCUGCCAUGAAUGUCAGCGGGUUUUCCAUGAUCGUUUAAUCAAUGCCGAAGAUAAAGAGUAUUUUAACACCAUUGUCUGUGAAACAGCCAGCAAAUAUUUUGGUAUUAAUUUGAAUCCCUCAUACUUUGUGACUGAGCCCAUCAUAUUCGGGGACUUCAUCAAGGUUGGAGCAGAAAAAGAGGAACGUCAGUAUGAAGACCUCGAAGACAUGGAAAAGAUCCAAUCUGUUCUUCUGGACUAUCUAAGUGACUACAAUGUAACUUACUCCAAGGAAAGCAAGUUGGUCUUCUUCCAGGAUGCCAUUGAGCAUGUUUCCAGAAUUGCCCGCAUGGUGCGCCUGGAGCGAGGCAAUGGUCUGCUUGUAGGAGUUGGGGGCACAGGAAAACAGUCACUCACUCGAUUAGCAUCCCACAUUUGUGACUACCAGUGCUUUGAAAUAGAGCUGAGUCGAGGAUACAACUAUGACAGCUUUCACGAAGACUUGAGAAGGCUGUACAGGAUGGCUGGCGUGGAAAGGAAAGAUACAGUGUUCCUUUUUACAGACACUCAGAUUGUAGUAGAGGAGUUUUUGGAGGACAUCAACAACAUGUUGAACUCUGGUGAAGUGCCCAACCUAUUUGAAAAAGAUGAGCUGGAACAUGUGCUGGCUGCAACCCGCCCAAAAGCCAAAGAGGCUGGAAUCAGUGAAGAGAACAGAGAUGAGGUGUUUCAAUAUUUUAUCUCUCGUGUACGAGAGAAGCUGCAUAUUGUACUGUGUAUGAGUCCAGUCGGUGAUGCCUUCAGGUCCCGCUGUCGCAUGUUUCCCUCUCUGGUCAAUUGCUGUACCAUCGACUGGUUUGUGGAGUGGCCUCGCGAGGCCCUGCUUUCUGUCUCCCAGGCCUUUUUCCAAAAUGUUGACUUUGGUACAGAGGAGCUCAAAAGGAGCUUUUCAGAUUUGUGUGUGGAGACUCAUCUCAGCGUGUCAGUCAUGGCUGAGCGAUUUUACACAGAACUGAGACGUAGAUACUACACCACGCCUACCUCCUACUUAGAACUCAUCAACCUGUACCUGUCCAUGCUUGGUCAUAAGAGACAGCAGCUUGUGUCUGCAAAGGACCGUGUGAAGAGUGGUCUAACUAAGCUUUUGGAGACCAAUGAGCUUGUGGCCACAAUGAAAGUGGACCUUUCUGCUUUAGAGCCACUUCUUAAACAGAAAAGCAUUGACGUUGAUGCCCUAAUGGAAAAAUUGUCUGUUGACCAAGAGAGUGCUGAUGAGACACGUAGAAUUGUGAAAGAAGAAGAGGCAAUAGCAAAGGUCAAGGCUGAAGAUACACAGGCUAUAGCUGAUGAUACCCAAAGAGACCUGAAUGAGGCUCUGCCCGCAUUGGAGGGUGCGAACCAGGCACUCAAUUCUCUGGACAAGGCGGACAUUUCUGAGCUGAAAGUGUUCACCAAACCUCCUGAUAUGGUCAUGACUGUCAUGGAGGCUGUCUGCAUCCUUCUCAAUUGCAAACCGGACUGGCCCAAUGCCAAAAAGUUACUGGGUGAUUCCAAUUUCACCAGAUUUUUGACUGACUAUGACAAGGACAAUAUUAAGCCUCAAGUCCUGGCAAAGCUGCAGAAAUACAUUAACAACCCUGACUUUGUUCCUGAGAAGGUGGAGAAGGUUUCCAAAGCUUGCAAAUCCAUGUGUAUGUGGGUGAGAGCUAUGGACAUAUAUUCCAGAAUCCUCAAGGAAGUUGGUCCAAAGAGAAUAGCAUUUGCCAAAGCCCAGGCAGAACUGGAACUUACAAUGUCAACACUGAGGGAAAAGCAAGCGCUGCUUCAAAGUGUGGAAGACAAGAUCAGGGUUCUACAAGAAUCUUAUGACAGCAGCCUUAAUGAAAAGCAGGAAUUGGUUAACACUAUGGCCGUGACACAGGCGCGGUUGUCCAGAGCUGGAAAGCUAACAUCGGCUUUAGGAGAUGAGCAAGUGCGCUGGGAGCAAAGCGUUGCCACAUUUGAGCAACAAAUUAUUGAUGUUGUAGGCAAUGUCUUCAUCGCAGCUGCUUGUGUGGCAUACUAUGGAGCAUUCACCUCUCAUUAUAGAAAACUGCUUGUUGAUGAAUGGAUUAUACAGUGCCAGAACCUGAACAUUCCCAUUAGUUCCAGCUUCAGCCUGAUCAAUAUUCUGGGUGACCCGUAUGUUAUUCAACAAUGGAAUAAUGAAGGUUUGCCCCGAGACACAGUUUCUACAGAGAACGGAAUACUAGUGAAUGAGGGUCGCCGCUGGCCUCUCAUGAUUGACCCCCAGGAUCAGGCUAACCGAUGGAUACGCUCAAAGGAGGCCAAGAAUGGUCUAAAGGUGAUCAAACUCACGGACCCAAACUUUCUUCAAAAGUUAGAAAAUGGCAUUCGGAUGGGCAUGCCUGUUCUGCUGGAGGAGUUAAAGGAGAAUUUAGAUCCUGCUUUGGAACCAGUCUUGCUGAAGCAGACUUUUGUAGCGGGUGGACGGACUCUGAUCCGACUUGGAGACUCAGAUAUUGAUUAUGACAAAAAUUUCCGGUUCUAUAUGACAACUAAAAUGGCCAAUCCACACUAUCUACCAGAGGUGUGUAUAAAAGUCACAAUCAUCAACUUCACUGUGACCAAGUCUGGCUUAGAGGACCAACUGCUUGGCGAUGUGGUUUGCUUGGAAAGUCCACAUCUGGAGGAGCAGAGGAAUGAUCUGGUUGUGCGCAUUAAUAAUGAUCGCAUCCAACUGCAGAACAUUGAAGAUCGCAUUCUAAAGCUUCUCUUCACCUCUGAGGGAAACAUACUUGACAACGAGGAGCUUGUUACCACUCUUCAGGAAUCAAAGGUGACAUCAGCGGCUAUAAAACAACGACUGGAGGAAGCAGAGGCCACUGAAUUAAUGAUAAAUAAUGCAAGAGAGGGUUACCGAUCUGUAGCCACCCGAGGCUCUGUCCUGUUUUUUGUCAUUGCCAGUCUUUCUGAGAUUGAUCCAAUGUACCAGUUCUCACUCAAGUACUUUAAACAACUCUUCAACACCACAAUUGAGAUAUCUGAAAAGAGUGACAUCUUAGAAGAACGUCUCCAGAUCCUACUGGACCAGAUUCUACUCAACUCGUACAUAAAUGUUUCUAGAGGCCUCUUCGAGCAACACAAACUCAUUUAUAGCUUCAUGCUAUGUGUUGAGAUCCUGAAGUACCGUGGUGAAAUCUCGGAACCGGAGUGGCAGAACUUCAUUAGGUCCACUGCUGGCAUGGAAAAGGAAUUUCCAGAGCGGCCAGAUGUGCCAUGGCUAAGUGAUGAUUACUGGGAAACGUCUUGUGAACUUGAGGAUUCAUUGCCCUGCUUCAAGGGCCUUUCCCAAGAAAUCAUUGCGACACACAUCCAUAUUCAACUCGGACGUUUUGAGACACCUUUUAAUCCAGAAACCUGGGAGGACUAUGUGUCACAGUUGCCUCCUCUUGAUAUGUCUGAAGAGGGGAACAAAAAGGGUGGAAUUCGAGGCUACUGGAAUGAAAGGUUGACCUCUUUCCAGAAACUUGUCCUUAUCAAAAGCUUCAUGGAAGAGAAGGUUGUUUUUGCAGCAACAGAGUUUGUGAUUGUCAGUUUAGGGAAGCAGUUUGUGGAAAACCCUCCCAUUGAUUUGGCUAAUCUCUACAAUGACAUGUCCUCAUCUACACCACUGGUCUUUAUCCUUAGUACCGGAUCAGAUCCUAUGGGUGCCUUCCAGCGUUUUGCAAAAGAAAGAGGCUGUCUGGAUAGGGUUGAGUCCAUAUCACUGGGUCAGGGACAAGGGCCCAUUGCAGAAAAAAUGAUCAAAUCAGCGUUAGAGAAUGGAGGCUGGGUUUUCUUACAAAACUGUCAUUUAGCUGUUUCUUGGAUGCUCCCUAUGGAGGAGAUCAUCAAGACUUUUGCCGAGCCAGACACUUCAAUCCAUGAGAACUUCCGCUUGUUUCUCAGUUCCAUGCCUACUAAAGUGUUUCCAGUAACAGUUCUACAAAAUUCUGUCAAGGUAACAAAUGAACCUCCUAAAGGCUUGCGUGCCAACAUUCGACGAGCCUUCACAGAGAUAUCUAACAAUUUCUUUGAAGAACACGCUUUGGGGCUUGACUGGAAAAAGAUGGUUUUUGGACUCUGCUUUUUCCAUGCAGUCAUUCAGGAACGUAAAAAAUUUGGUCCUCUUGGCUGGAACAUUCCCUAUGAGUUUAGUGAUAGUGAUAGGGAGUGUGCUCUGCUUAACCUCAACCUCUACUGCAAAGAUGCAACUAUUCCCUGGGAUGCCCUUACAUACAUCACUAGUGAGAUCACAUAUGGUGGCAGAGUGACAGAUUCAUGGGACCAACGCUGCCUCAGAACGGUCCUAAAAGGCUUCUUUUCACCUAAAACCCUGGGGCCUUGCUAUACCUUCUCACCAUCUGGUGUAUACUAUGCCCCCGAGUUAGACACACUGGAUCUAUAUAUUGGGUACAUUGAGACUCUUCCAAUCAUUGAUGACCCGGAGGUCUUUGGCAUGCAUGAAAAUGCCAACCUGGCCUUCCAGCGCCAAGAAACCAAUAAUCUUAUCAACACUAUUCUGGAUGUCAAUCCUCGGUCUUCAGCCCAACUAGGAGGCAAAAGCAAUGAUGAGAUUGUGUGCGAGCUUGCUGAAGCUAUACUAGCUAAGUUACCUGAGCGCCUUGACAUGGACGAGGCACUUGAAUCUUUGUUCGAGCGAGACGAUAAUGGUCGAGUCAACUCCUUAACAACUGUGCUGGGCCAGGAAGCCGACAGAUUUACCAAACUGAUUCGAUUACUCAGGGUGUCCCUUAUAACGCUGCAGAAGGCUAUUGCGGGUCUAGUGGUGAUGUCCGAGGAGAUGGACCGGAUCUACACAAGUUUUGUCAACAACCAUGUUCCCACCCAAUGGUCCAACUCCUCCUACCCAUCACUAAAAGGCUUGGCUUCCUGGGUCAAAGACCUGUACCUCAGGAUCUACUUUGUUGAGACUUGGAUCGUACGUGGCCACCCCAAAUCUUUUUGGGUCUCUGGAUUUUUCUUUCCUCAAGGCUUUUUAACUGCGGUCCUGCAGAAUCAUGCACGACGAUACAAUUUGCCCAUUGAUGAGCUGAACUUUCGCUUCAACAUGGUGCCUGUGUACAGGGAUCAGACCGCAGUGGCUGAGGCUCUGCGCAAUCUCAACAGCAAUGCUGAGCUUCCAAUGGACUUGGAGUUGCCAAUACCUGAGGAUGGUGUGCUCGUGCAUGGCAUGUUCAUGGAUGCGAGUCGCUGGGAUGAUGACAACAUGGUGAUUGAAGAUUCAUUACCUCGAGUUAUGAAUGCGGUUCUCCCAGUAGUGCACUUUGAGCCACAACAGAACUACGAGCCAGAAUCUGAGCUCUACAAUGCGCCAUUGUACAAAACCUCAGCUAGAGCAGGAACUCUUUCCACAACAGGACACUCGACUAAUUUUGUUGUGACUGUAUUGCUUCCCUCAAACCGACCAAGUGAUUAUUGGAUAUCCAAAGCAUCAGCUCUGUUAUGUCAGUUGGAUGACUAAAUCUGUUCUAAUUCAGGCACACUAAUUUUUGGAAAAUAAAUGAAAGAUUUACCACAUUGACGUUAGUAACUUGAAUUCACAUUAUAAGGAAUUCUCACAUAUUGUCUCUCUGUUGUUGCACAGACUUUAACAGUGGUACUGAAUGGGUCUACUCAAGACAUACUGUCACAAUUUGUCUAAUGUUACUGAAUCUAUUUAUGUCCUUAUGAGAUUUACAGUCACAUGUCUAUCCUAAGGCAAUGGGGGAAAAAACAGUUCAUGUUCAAGUUCAUGAAAAAUAAUUGUAAAGGCAAGAUAGUUGAGCAGACACUGUCGUUUAUGAUUAUCAAGCGAGAGCACUGUAUGGAGUGCUGAUCAUCAAAUGUUUCCGCCACAAUCCCAAUGUGCAGCAGCUUUCUAUUUGUGUCACUUAGGGCAAACACAUUAAGUAUGUGCAGUCAUGUCAGUGCUAUGACAAGGAACAGAAAAAUACAGUCAUUUUCAUUCUAUUCUAGUCUCCUCAUAAUGUCGUAAAAGUGGUGUGAUAUGAGGACACGUAUUCAUUGCUAUAAAUUGCUCAGAGGUAACCUGGCAUGCCAGAUUUAUUGAUCCAUAUAUUUACUACGAAUAUAUUCCACAUGUCACUCUGGGAAAGAUCCUAUCGGAACCUUCGAAAAAUGUAUUCUUGCUGAUUGGACGGUGGCUCUUCUCGUCACACUCGUUUCUCAACAAAAAAGGCUUUGAGUGAUGUUCUUUGCUCUUCUUUUAAUGAGGAAAUUAAGUGUAUUCAGGAAAAAAAAACAAUUUACAUUCCGCAAUAGAAUUAAAGCAGAUGGCCGCUUCCUGGUCACGUCGGCACCUCUCGCCUCUUUCCCCUGAUUGGCUCGCCUCACCAUCAAAAGGCGACCAAUCCACAUUAAGCCACAGUAGGACGUAUUGGUUUGCAGAAAAGCAAAAGCAUCGUUUCCCAUCAAAAAAAAGCUUUUCGUGAUGUUCUUUCCUGUGCUUUUAAUGCAAAAAUUAAGUGUAUUUCUGACAAAACUACAACUGUUUU